AUGGAUGAACAAGAUUAAAAAAAGAGUUAAAAGAGAUUGAAAUAUUAUAGAUGCUUAAUUUUUGGCCUAACCUUUUUUGGUUAUGCCACUCUCCACUGUGCUCGUCAGUCCUGGUCUUUGAUGAAGGCAAAUAUGGAAAGUGAUAGCGAUAUUAGUAGCACUUUCCUUGGUUAUAUGGAUUUCGCUUUUCUCAUGUCAUAUUCUAUUGGUCUCGCAACUUUAGGACAUUAUGGAGAUAGAAUGGAUCUUAAAUACUUCACAACUAUUGGUAUGCUCUGUGCAGUUGUUUGUCUUAUGGUUGUUGGUAUUUUGCAAACUACAGGAGCAGUUGAAGGUACCACAAGAGAAGUUGUUUUUAUCAUCUUUUGGAUUUUGAAUGGGUUGAGCUAAAGUACUGCCAUGCCUGGAUUUGUAGCUGCCAUGGGUAAUUGGUUUGGAAAAAAGAAAAGAGGUUUGAUCAUGGGUUUUUGGAUAGGUACUACUAAUUUUGGAGACAUCAUGGGAUACACUUUAGGUUGUGUGAUGUCUGCAGGAUUGAAUAUUCAAUGGGGCUAUGUACCAAUAGCUUCAGCAACCUUAAUAUUCAUCAUGGUAGUAAACUUAUUCUUAUUUAUGAAACCUUACCCUGAGAAAAUAGGCAUAGAUGCAUAAGCUGAGUGGGGAAGUAUUAUGGAUGAUGAAACAAAAACUGAGCAAUAAGCAUAACAAGAGCUGUUAAAGAAGUUCAACUCAUCGUUAUUUUCCUCUGUAUUUUCUUAAAAGUAACCUUCUAACUUGAGUACUGACUAAGACAGAACACCUGUCAACUUUUUCAAUGCCUGGUUGAUUCCUAAUGUUGCAAUAUAUGCUCUCCUCUUCUCUGGAUUAAAAUCAACUGUUUAUUGCAUCCUCUUUUGGCUUCCCACCUUAUUGAGCACAGGGGGUAAUCACGUUUCUAUGGUCAAUAAAUCUGUUGUUUGUUCUUUGUUCGAUAUUGGCAUCUUCAUUGGUGGAAUGAUCGUCGGUUAAGUAACAGAUAGAAUUCGUAAAAGAGCUGUCCUUAUGGGCCCUUCAAUUCUCUUUUCUGUAGGUUUGAUGAUUGUCUGUCUGAUUCUUAAUACAGAUAGUCCUCUAGCAAACUCUAUUCUUUUCUUUUUUAUUGGUAUAUUCCUAGGAGGUCCAUACAAUGUAUGCCAAUCCGCUAUCAUGAUUGAUCUAGCUAAAUAAAAAGCUUUAAAAAAUUCUGCUGAUGCUUUGUCUACAGUUACUUCAUUAAUAGGUAAAUCAAUUAUUGCAUAGUUAAAUUUGAAAUAAAUUAAUCCUUUAGUUUUUUAAAGCCAUUUAAACAAACAAACAAACAAAUAAAGAAUUAUUUUAAAUUUUAAUAUUUUAUCAUGCUUUAAAUAAACAAUUUAUUUAAUUAAUUUCUUUGAUAACUUAAUUUUAAUAUUUAAAUCUUAAAAGAUGGAACUGGAGCUUGUUUUGCAGCCAUUACUUAACUUGUAGUCCCAUAUGCAGGUGUUGGUAAUGUAUUUUGGGUACUCUUAGGUCUUACUUUAGUUUCCUUAAUCUUACUAUCUCCUUUAACAUUCAAAGAUGUAGCUAGUUUGUUAAGAAGAUAAUAAAGAAAAAAAUAAUAUUACAACGACUUAGAAGUUAAUCCUCGUAAGAUAUUAUUAAAAAAUAGUGAUGAUGAAUAAUCAAUACAAAAUAAAUGAAAAUAUUUUUUAAUAAAAGACCUCUCUCUAACUAAAAAUAUAGAUAGAUAUAUAUACAGAAAUACAUACAUAUAAUUUGAAUUUUAAAGACUAAUUUGCAUAUAUAAUUUUAUUUUACUUCAGUAUUUAAUUUAUAACAAAUUAUACAAAAUAAAUAAAUAAUUAAAAACUAACUAACUAACUAACUUCUAAACUAAAUAUUUGUUUUUUAUAAAUUGUAUCCUAUAAUUGGAUGUAAAUUUUAAUAUAGAUUAAAUAUUCUGUAUACUAUAAAAUCUCAAAAAUUCAAAAAGUAAUAUAUAUUUACCAACCCCUUUAUUUUAUUUUAAAGGGCCAUUUUUUUCAAAAUAAUUUGGGGGUAAGAAGCCUUAAUUAAUGUGGAAUUACGGUAUAUACAAAUCAUAAAUAAGCAAAUCAAAUAAUGAACUAACAAUUAAGAGUUAUUUUAUUUUAUACUUAAAAAAAUAAAGAUAAUAAUUAAUAUUUAUUGAAUGAAAUAUUAAUAACUGAAUUGAUAAAUUAAAAAAAAAAUUAAUACUAUUAUAAAUAUAGUUUUUUACUAUUAUACAAUUUAAUUUGA